UAGGGUUAGGUUUAUUGUUUGAAGAGAAAUAAAUAAUGUUUUAAAAUUUAUAAUAGUUAUUAUAAAAUAAAUUACCUUCAUUAAUAUAGUGAUAUGAAAAGCUACACAAUCUUGGUCAUAUAUUGCAUAACAUUCCAACUUUCACAAUGUACAGCCAAAACGAACAAGAAACUGAUAGUGGACGAGGUAGGUGAUAUUAAAGACUUCAAAAAAAUAUUAAGAACUAAAACUAAUGUAUUAGUCUGCUUUCACAAUUCCUAUAAAGAAUCUCAAAAUGUUAUCAAGCUAUUCAAAGAAGUGGCCAACAAUAUUAAAGGUGAAGGAACUAUGGUUCUUGUUGAUUGCUCAGGGGAUGCUAAAAAGAUGUGCAAGAAGUUGAAAAUACCCAAUAAUCCAUUUGUGAUAAAGCACUACAAAGAUGGAGAUUUCAAUAAAGAUUAUGAUAGAAAAACUACUGUGAGUUCAAUGACAAAUUUCAUGAGGGACCCAAUGGGUGACAUUCCUUGGGAGGAAGACAACUCUGCUACUAAUAUUGUUCAUAUCCCAGAUGCAAGUACACUUGCUAAAUUUAUCAAAAGGGAAGCAAAGCCUUUAUUAGUAAUGUUUUAUGCACCAUGGUGUGGUUUCUGCAAAACUCUAAAACCAGAAUAUGCAGAUGCUGCAAAGGAAUUGAAAGAUGAAGCUGUUCUUGCUGCAAUAGAUGUUAAUAGACCAGAAAACACUGCUGUCAGGACUCAUUAUAAUAUUACAGGAUUUCCCACAAUGUUAUAUUUUGAAAACGGCCAAAUCAAAUACACCUAUGAAGGUGAGAACAAGAAGAGCGCUAUCGUGUCUUUCAUGCAGAACCCCACCGCUCCUCCGGUGAAAAUCAAAGAGCCCGAAUGGUCCGACCUCGACAACGAAGUGGUCCAUCUCAUGUCCACGAAUUUCGAUUUGGUGGUCAAAGAGGAAGCCUCCGUUCUGGUCAUGUUCUAUGCACCAUGGUGUGGACAUUGCAAGAAAAUGAAGCCGGAGUAUGAAGCUGCGGCCGGUCAAAUGAAAAGUGAAGGGAUACCGGGUAUGUUGGCAGCAGUAGAUGCCACCAAAGAGCCUUCCUUAGCCUCGAGGUUCUCCGUGAAAGGCUACCCCACCAUCGUGUACUUCUCGUACGGCGAGCAAAAGUUCGACGUAAACGUACGAGAAGCCCCGAAAAUCAUCGAGUUCAUGCGGAACCCGAAGGAACCACCGCCACCACCGCCUCCCGAGAGUCCGUGGGCCGACGAGGCGAGUCACGUGGUACACCUGAACGAGGACACGUUCAAGCCGUUCUUGAAGAAGAAGAAGCACGUGCUGGUGAUUUUCUACGCGCCCUGGUGUGGGCAUUGCAAAAGGGCGAAACCGGAGUUCACGCAAGCUGCCGAGAACUUCCGAGACGACACCAAAGUGGAGUUUGCCGCCGUGGACUGCACCGCGCACCCGGCCGUUUGCAGUGCUCACGAAGUGAAGGGAUACCCCACGAUCAAAUAUUUCAGUUAUUACACCAAAAUUACGAAGACUUAUACUGGCGGAAGAACGGCGGCAGACUUCACCCAAUUCAUGCUGGAUCCGGAAAAGGCCCCGGAAACAACGCCUCAACCGGUGGCGAAAGACCAAUGGGCCGUAGACCCCAGCAUAAUUCAACUAGACGACAAGAACUUCAGGGCUAUCCUCGAAAAAAACAACGUGCUGCUGGUCAUGUUUUACGCCCCCUGGUGCGGACAUUGCAAGAAAAUGAAGCCGGAUUACAUGACGGCUGCCAAGGAAAUGGACACCGAAGGGUUCUCCAAGUUCAUGGCCAUGAUUGAGUGCAUGGAAAACCCGGAUGUUACGGAGGAGUUCCAGAUAUCAGGGUUUCCUACCAUAAAGUUGUUUAAGAAUUUGGAGUUCUAUAUUAGGGAUUAUACUGGGAAGAGGACUGUGGAUGAUGUCAUGUUGGUGAACGUAUUAUCCAUUGAAUCGAAAAGAAACAUGAUCGGACAAAAUCAGGGAUCAUUUGUUUAAUUAUCCUAGAUACUGAUACAGUUUGAGUUUCAUAAAUAAAUUAUACUUAUCCACUUUCCUGUGAUGUGACUGGGCAGCUCAUUCAACGGUGCUGAAAGGAAAAAUAUCGCAAACAUUAAAUCUCAUUCAUUGCCAUAUAAUCUAUUCGUAUUUACCCAUAUCAACAAUAUAAUACAGCAGACACAAAAGCCAAGCAAUAUGACAACUGCAACUAAACACCACUCUCAUGUUAGUCUACUUGAACAUAAUAUAAGUGUUAUUCGUUUUCACCAAAAUUGCAAUACAGUAUUGGUAUAGGGUGUAUGUACAUGAGAUUUUGUGAUUUUGUUUUAUUGGAAAUAACCCUUUGAUAUACAAAGUCUAGCGAAAAAUAGUUUGGAUAAAAGUGGGCAAGAGAACUUGAAGCGGUAUUACAGGCCUGGGGUUGUUUCCAAACAAUUCAGACUGAAUAAUUGUUACAAUAUCUAAGUAGGUAUUUCGAUGAAAACUGUGAAGGCCGUAUUUGUUCAGUCAGUUGUAUAUACCCUAGUCUGUCAAUACCAUGGCGUCAGCCCACUGUGUUUCCCUUCACCAAAAUAAACUUUCCCACUUUGAAACACGUCCUGAACAGAAAAGCACUCUUCGCCUGACGUCAUGCUUGUGCGAGACGAACUCCACCCACAUAAGACAAAACGAACUCAUCAAAUAUCAACAAAUCUAUUGACCACACGUUACCAACAACAAAAAACGGCCAGCCAUCCAUAUUAUUCGUUGCAAGGCGCCAUGCGAAUACUCUGCACCUGAUCGGAUACGUACAGGAUGCGCAUGAUUCCAGAGAUAUCCCCACGAUUCGCGAUUUCAUUCGAUUAUCCGUGUUUGGCGUUAAGCAUUGUUGGCGUAAAUGUUUUAAUGAUUCAUAAAUGAAUCGCGGUGUCCAUCUAUUGUUAUUUGUACAGUUAACACCAUCCACAAGACAAAACGAAAGCAUCAAAUAUCAACAAAUCUAUUGACCACACGUUUUACCAACAACAAAAACGACCAGUUACACGUAUUAUUCGUUGCGAGGCGCAAUGCAAACUUUCUGCACCUGAUUGGAUACGUAUACGAUGCGCAUGGUGUUGGUGAAGCCAGAAGGUUAUAUUACGUUUGGAAGGAACUUAUUCACUUUGAAGCGCAUCCCGAUCUGAAAAAAAUUGAAUAGUUGUUCACGUGACGUCAUGCGUGUGAGAGACGAACCACAAAAGCAGUGUAGCCAUUUGCGUCGUUCUUCCUCUCUAGCAAGUAAAAUCCUCCGCAGAUGAACAAAAACCAACUCUUAUUCACCUGAAUGUUAAAAAAUAUCUAGAACAAAUAGUGAACCAACUUCUGUGUCUGUUAUUACCCACAGUUGGCCAAUAGUCGCACACGGUUGAUGUCAGUGGUUCUAACGAUAUAUUGCUGUCCUUAUUGAAUCAAACAUGUAAGUUUGACAGGUGAAAUGGUGAGAUAGCCGUUCCAUGGCUACAACUCACGCAAGCUUCAACCAACAUUGAUUACAAAUUCCUAGACAUUCUCAAAAACCCCUUUCUUCCGCUCCACUGCACGAAAGACAAAUCGUAAGAAUCGUUAUCCCCACCAUUCGCGAUUUCAUUCCCUUAUCCGUGUUUGGCGUUUAGGAUUGGCGUAUAUUUUUCAAUGAUUCAUGAAUGCAUCGCGGUGUCUAUUGUUAUCAAGUCUGAGAUCUAGACUCUAGAUAGUAAAUUAGAUCAUGAGCCCACAAAAGACAAAACGAAAGCAUCAAAUAUCAACAUAUCUAUUGACCACAUGUUACCAACAACAAAAAACGAAUUAGUCGUUGCAAGGCGCCAUGCAAAUGCUCUGCACCUGAUCGGAUACGUACACGAUGCGCAUGGUGUUGGUGAAGCCGGAGCCCUGUUUCCAGCCGGUGAUCACCACGACGGGAUCGCCGGUCUUGAUGAAGCCCUUCGACUUGCCGAACUUGAUGCCGGUGUUCACUCUGGAGUCGAUGUCCUUGAGCCAGUCACUGGCGCGCUCGCCUGCAAGAAAAUAU